AUGUUGACAACACUACGUCAGACGUUGCCGGCGGUUGGGAGCUCGUUGAAUUGCCUGACGCAGAAGAUUUAUCUGCUGACUUGGAAGACGCAUCAGCUGAAAUUUCAGUGCAUCAAGAUUUUGUACCUUCUCAGGCCGAAACAUUUUUGGGAGCGUUUUCAGGUGUCUCAGAAAUUGCAUUUGGCUGGACUCUCAGACCAUGUCACAGCGUUUACCUCAGACAGCGUGGUGCACAUGCAGAUACAGCAAACUGAACUCACUGUGCAGCACAUCAUUCCUUCAUGCGUGGUGGCAUGGUUCAAUGCUCUGGAUGGCAGUGACGAGGCAAUGGUGUGCGUUAUCUGCUCACAUGCCUACCGACCAACCAAGCGGUCCAGGACCACCUUCAAGUAUGGGGUAUGGCAUGAACCAGAGGAGUUCCUGCAGAAAGCGCUGGGUGUGAGCCAUCCCAUUGACCAAGAUUCGUUUCUGCAUCAAAUCACCAAGGACGCCAUCAUACAUGUCGUAGGCACCUGCCCAACUAAGCUGGCCAAAGACCGUUUGUCAUCAGUAUUUCACAUCAAAAAGCUGUCCACAGACCUCAAUCCGCAAGAAAAGGAGCUCAAGUCGAACUUGCACCCGGAUGUCAGCAGGUGUGUCGGUAGCAAGAACAUACUGCUCUUUGAAAAGCUUCUUCAACAGUUGAACUACUGGGACAUGGCCGUUGUUGACCUCUUGAAGUUUGGAGUCCCACUGGUGGGUUUGCAAGAGCCACCAAGUGGAUAUCAGCAACUCAUGGUCCCCGCCAGCAUGACAGAGGAAGAGUUGAUGGCAUCAGCUAAGUGGAGAAGAGACAGCAUAAUGCAGACGGCCAGACCAAUAUCCAAACUCGAAGAAGACGCUUUGUUGGAGGCAACCGCAUCCGAGGUGGAGAAAGGCUUCUUGCAAGGCCCGUAUUCCGAAUCUGAGAUGUCUGUGCUGUCGGAAGGCUGUCGUGUGUUGACACUGGCCUUCAGUGCGCUUCUUGAUUUGCUUGGGUGGGAUCACGCCAAAGAAGGUGACAAAGCCCUCAACUUCGCGCCAGCGUUUGACUUGCUUGGAGUAACGUUUGACCUCACUAGCAUGAGCAUGGGCACCCUGACUGUCAAAAACAAAACGAGCCGCAUUGACAAGCUGUGUGAAAUGCUGGAUCAGGUUGCACGGGACAAGUGCAUCUCAGCCGCAAAGGCAAGCGAGCUUCAGGGUCUUAUCAACUUUGCCGUCAGUUUUUAUUUGGGUAGGAGUAUGAGGCAUCUCGUUUCAGCCUUCAUGCCAUUUGCAGAUAAACUUCGUGGCGCAAACCCUGGUGAACUUGAGAACCUUUGCCUGUAUGCUAAAACCAUGCUAUUGGAACAACGCCCACGAGUGCACUCUGUAUUGAACGAAGGCCGCCCCAUAGUCGUCUUCACUGACGGUGCAUGGGAAAGUGGCACUGCUACAGCAGGAGCUGUUCUGAUCGAUGGUGAUGUCAGACUUGCCCUCAAACUUGACGUGCCUCAAGACCUGGUGAACCACUGGCUUGCUUGCGCCGGUGAUCAAAUCAUCUCUCAAGUGGAACUGUGGGGCUUGGUGCUACUCAAAUGGUCGCGCAGAGAACAUUUUCACAAUCGCCGAGUUAUUGAAUGGAUCGACAACGAGUCGGCCAGAGUAUCCGCAAUAAAGGCCAGCAGUAAUUCACCAACCAUGCGAGCUCUGUCACGCUUAAUGGCUGAUGUGGAUCUAUGUUGGCCGUCGCUGUCCUGGACGGAGAGAGUUUGCUCAUAUUCAAACCCUGCCGAUUUGCCAUCACGCGACCGCCUCAAAGAGGCGAUGCAACGGUAUAACUUAGAAGAUGGUGGUACCGUUCAAACCCCGACUGUUUUGGUGAAUGCCUUGCUCCAGCUGUGCAAAUCUCCCUACAUGCUGCUCACAAUAACUGGGGAAAAACACUGAGCACCAUUUGUGACAACUCACCAACGUGAGAUUCACAUCAAGGAAAAAGUGGCAGAUACAACCAACUGUCACUUCAAAAAUGCUUGGUGGCCGAACCAACCUUGC